AUGGCAGAACAGAAGAAUAAAGAUGACGGCCCAGUCAGCGUCUCUCAGUAUACCAUCCGCGAACUCACUAGCUCAGAAGAAGACAUCCAACAAGCAUGGAGACUGUGGCACACCAUCUUCCCGGACUGGCCUAUAGAGCAAGGUCGAUUCACAGGGCUUCUUUUUGGCAUGAAGGGUCAGCACUGGAUUCAUGAGCAUGGAUUCUGCCUGUCAUACUAUUCUAAGAGCGGGAGCUCGGGACAUAUCGCAGCCAUCGGAGUCUUAGCCGAAUACCGCCAUAAAGGACUCGGCAAUGCGCUUCUAGAGAAAGCAAAGGCUGGAUUGAAGAAUGCAGCAAGGGAUGCAGGUCAGGAGUUAAACUCCUUAGCCAUGGGGUCCAUUUUCCCCAGGUUCUGGUACCGAGUGCCCACCAGUAUCUCACCCGAUGCAAAAGAGUUUCUCUCUCACAGAGGCUCAUACGAAACUACUGAUACCGUAAGAGACCUUUACAAGGACAUCCAGGCCGAAAUUGCACCGUCUGAGAUAAUGGAGCGAGUCUCAAAGACGAAUAUCAAGUUCACUCCAUGGUCGCCAGAACUGUACGAAGAAUGCAUGGCCAAGCAAAAUGAGCUAUUCACCUGGGGCGGUAUUUACAAAGCCCUCGCAGCACGCGGCCAACAUCAUCAAGUCAUGGUAGCCAUUGAUCCGGAUACCAACAACCAGAUUGGCUGGACUCUCAUGUGCUCUUUCGGAUCUUCAGCUGGCGAUGCCUUCGCGUUCCUUCCUCUCCUUCCUUCCGGAGACAAGACUGGUCUUAUUGCUGCGGUCGGAGUGGAUGAGGCUGCGAGAGGCAAGGGCAUUGGCUUAGCGCUUGUUGUCAAAGCGAUGGAGAAUCUAAAGGAGAGAGGUAUGCAUGGUAUUCUCAUUGAUGCUGUUGCUAUACGGGGGUUCUAUGAGAAUCUAGGCUACGAGACGCAGUGGGAGUAUGAGGCGUGUAAUUUUGAUCUGGCUAAAUAA